AUGCAUUCUCGAAUUCUAGGACCGUCGACCGGCAUCUGGAGAUCUCGUUUCGAAGCCAACUACGACCUACCCACCGAAAAAUGCAUGGAAGAAUUGGCAUAUGAAUACAAGACUCGCGCCGUUGUUCUCUCGCAUCGGAUGGACUUUCACGGGCGGAAAACAAACCUGAAAGAGCAGACAUGGCUAGACGUCAUCCAUACCAUGCUCAUCGAGUCCUUGACUCUCCCUCUCCAGUCCAGUGGUCCAAAAACAUACAACAGAUUGCGAGAAGUGAUGGCGCAGACGAAUUUCCUCAGUCGUCCGAAGAAGCAGCGAUCAUGCGAAUUGACCUGUGCCGUCCAGUUGUGCCUCACUGCCCUGGCUUUACAUAGAGAGGUUUCCGAGCCCUGUCCUCGAAAUGAAUACGAACUCGCUAUAGCUUAUUCCUUUGGAGGAGAGCUGAAAGGCCCAUAUAUCACACACAACAACCUUGACCUCACCAAGCUAUUGCAUGUCCGGAGCUUCUGGCAGCGACAUCUCCUGGACCCUGAAGAGAUGACGUUCUAUCUCACAUUCAAGGAUCUACCCGAAGACCACAAGCCUAAGAUGCGGAAGGGAUACGGUGCUAUCGAAUCGGACCUCAGCUCGUCUUGGAUCGGUUAUUAUUCAUGCCUCCACCCGAUGCCUGAAACUCGGACUCAAUUGAAUAAAAAUGUGGUCCAGACUUGCGCGGAUAUUGCAUCGCAAUUGCUUGAUAUCCUGUCCCUGGAUCUGCAGAUGACUGGCGAUGGAUUCUGGCCCGUAGAAUGCAACGCCUUGAUCCCCAUGAGCGAGGAUUCGGAUGUACACCGCGUGUUCUUCCAAGGAUCACAAGGUUACUACGGCCAGGCGAAGCGAUUUGAACCCUGUAUUCGGGUUCAAGGAAGAUAUCUCAUUUCCCUAUGGGGGAAUCGCGGGAUGGGCUCGGAUUUGCUUUGCCAUCAUUGCUAUGGGGCAGGAUAUAAAUUCGUCGGACUGGGUUCACGGGUACGAGGCGAUUCUUCUUCCCGGUGGCAGGGUCAUGAUGGGCCGAUGGUUGGAUCUGAAAGACCCGAGCGGUCGGGGGCCUUUCAUUUUUUGGGACGUUGA